GGGAAACAAGUCAGUCCGCGUAGAGACAGCACGGGCAGCGCGCGCGUCGCACACACGCCGAAAAUGUGCACGCGUCUUUGAAAAAAAAAAUAACAAAACAUUCGAACGAUGUUCUAAAUCCAAAAGAGCGCGGGAGCUACAGCAAAUUUUCGUACACCCAACUUUUCCGUAAUGAGAUGAAAGUGAAAUCGGUGCACUGACCGUCGCAAUAUGUUGAGCGAAAACAAAUGGAAAGUGAUUUUGCUCGUCGCGGCGUCCGUGGCCGCCGUCGAGCCGACCCGCGCGCUCAGCCUAGUCUACCAGAGACCCUACAGGAACGUCAUGUUCGUACCGAAGUACAGGACUCGCGGUAGACAAUCCAGAGUGUUGUUCUUGGACGACGCGGAAAACCAUCAGAACUACGGCAAAGGAGAGAUAGAUCUGACGUUGAAUUCGAAAGUCAAAUUCGACGAGAGCACAGACUAUGAGUUCACGUCGCCCGAAGUCGAGUCUACGACGAAGAUCGAAGAGCUGCCUUCGGGAAACGAGAGGUUUUACGAGCCCCUGCCUCGUUUUAGGCAGUUCCAGGCGCCUCAGUAUUACCAAGGGAGGUAUGGCCGCCCUUACGCUCCCAGUUUCGGGUUUGAACCUUAUCAGACUGUAGCUCCUUUCGCUCCAGCGUUACGAAACAGUUUUUACAGCGGCUAUAAUGGGUGGAAGGCUAGGAGUCCACGAGUGGUGUUCCCUUACGCGUCGGAAAGUGUUAAUAGUCUUGUGCACUCGAACUCGCACGCGGGACCUGGUUUCGACAAUGUUGUGUUCCGGGAACAAACAUUCGGCAAUGAAGUUGGCACGGACGAGCAAAGCUUGCAGGAUAUAAAUGGAGGAAGCGACGCCUUCGCGGAGAGAGAUGCCAACGACCCACAUCGAGCUCGAGAUAUUAAAACCUCACGCAACCUAGAGAAACCAAUGUUCAUACAGACCGACGUUAGAUUGGCAAGGAACGAUAUAUUCCCAAACGCUUCGGCCACGACGCUGCCCGAAUUCAGACCGAUCUCAGACGAACAGAUAGCUAGAGUGACAAAAAUACUCAAAGAUAUUAAGCGACAAAGAUCUGGCCGCCUAUUAGACAGUGCCGCGCAAGAGCAGCAACUCAAAACGAAUGUUCUCAAGAACGUGUCGCAGAAAUUGGAUAGACAGGACGAGAAAAAGUGCCCGCAAGGGGGCACUUGCGAGUUUUUCUUCUACUGUUGGAUGGUCGGUGGACUGUUGGAUGGCUCGUGCGGUGGUCUGUUGAAGGGGUGUUGCCACAGAGUCGCUAAGGCCGGCAUCCUUGGUGUUCAGGACUCGAACAGCAUUGAUUACGGGCCAAACGAGGGAUUAAGUUACGGCCCCGUCAUAAACGACGAAAGCUGUGGUAUAGCGGUUGGGAAACAAACAGCCCAAAGGAGAAUUGUCGGAGGCGAUGACGCCGGUUUCGGAACAUUCCCCUGGCAAGCUUACAUCAGGAUCGGAUCAUCGAGGUGCGGUGGUUCGCUCAUAUCACGACGUCACGUGGUCACGGCGGGACACUGCGUCGCACGCGCUCAACCUCGUCAUGUUCGCGUCACGCUUGGUGAUUACGUCAUCAAUUCUGCUGCUGAACCACUGCCAGCCUACACAUUCGGAGUGCGCACUAUAAAAGUCCACCCACUGUUCAAGUUCACACCGCAAGCGGACCGUUUCGACGUGGCUGUGUUGACAUUGGACAGGAAUGUUCACUACAUGCCACAUAUAGCGCCCAUAUGUCUCCCGGAGCGCGGCGCGGAGUACCUGGGCGCGUACGGGUGGGCGGCCGGCUGGGGCGCGCUCAGCCCCGGCUCACGGCUGCGGCCGCGCACGCUGCAGGCCGUCGACGUGCCCGUGCUCGACAACCGCGUGUGCGAGCGGUGGCAUCGAGCCAACGGAAUAAACGUUGUGAUAUAUCCCGAAAUGCUCUGCGCGGGCUACAAGGGUGGCGGCAAGGACAGCUGUCAAGGUGACAGCGGCGGGCCUUUGAUGUUAGAGCGAGCAGGGAGAUGGUACCUGAUUGGUGUCGUUUCGGCUGGAUACUCUUGCGCAAGUAGAGGUCAACCAGGGAUAUACCAUAGAGUAGCCCACACUGUGGAUUGGAUUUCACACGCUACAACUUUGUCAUAGCGUCGAAAUUUAUUUGUCGUAUAAUAGAAGUGCAACAGUCAGAUGUAACCAUGAGUUCUAUCCUUUUUAUGCUUGCUGUGGUUGCGGUAAGUGUAAAAAGGCUGGAUGACGCUAAAAGAUUAGCCAUCAGUGCAUCGUCGGGAAUAACAAAUUAGUCAUUUGAUAACCGCAGUCCAAUUCUUUACCCAUAUUAUUUAUUCAGAAAAAGAAUGAAUAGAAAUAGGCGUUUAACUAGCACUCCACAGAUCGUUGGAUAUGGCCAUGUUAGUACUACUAUUCUACUCAUACGUACUAGACAUUCAGUAAGAGCGACAAGGACGAGGUAAUCAGUCAGUUAUUGCUGUUGAAUAAAGAUUAUUGUUGUCCAAUCCCAUCCUUUUCCGCAGAAGGUGUGAAAAGGACAGGGAUAAUAUGUUUCCUGACCGUUAAAUUUUAAAUUCAUCUGAAUUUUAUAGUAAUAGCGACGUUGUUUCGUCGCCAUAAGGAUUAUAAAUGCCUAGACUAUUAAGUUAACCAAUGACCAUUUGUGAUGAACCUUGAAAAUCUUAUGUCUUGUAUCAUUGUGUGAAAGAGCGUUUCAAUGCAAAAAUCAAAUGCAUAAUUUAUUUAUAUAUUGUAAUUAUUUUAAUACAAUGAAAUUAGUUUUUUGUAGGGAAAAUUUAAAACCGAAUAAUGGUGCAAAAUUGCCUAAAAUAUGACAACACAGUAGGAUUACAGUAAUCUAUGUUAUUUACGGGAUCGCUAACCUGUUGAACAGUUUCGAGUGAAUAGUGUGAAAGUUAACAGUGGUACGGGUAUCGAACACAAUAAAAGAGUUCGUCGGAGGGUAGACCGAUAUGUCUGCAAAUAAUAUAUCCUACCCGCAAUGAUUUCGGUUACUCCGCGGUCAUGGCGCUUGGAACAUUGCCGAAACGGGGUCUCGCUAAAAACAAGUGCAAUAUCGUAAAAACAUAAAUUACUAUGAUGCCACCAUGAAUGUUUAAAACAAAACUUAGGAGGAAUUCAUUUCGUUUUAAGAAAAGGUAUCGUGUUGUAUUGCCUUUUUUUGAAUAUUUUUCGUCUCAAAUAAAGGCAAAUUUUCGAAUAAUUGUAACACUUUGGAGUAGGUCUUUUGGUUUUUGCAAUACAGGAUAUAUUGAUAAGCAGUUGUUUAUUAAUCAAGUCCUUAAAAGUAGAGUCGCCAAAAUAGAAAAAAAGGAAUUUGAACUAUUUAUAAUGAUUUAUGUUUUUAUUACAAAAUUAAUCUUUUGCAUAUUUAUAAAAUAUAACACAAGAUGUAUAUUUACACAAGAGUAAUAUUUUACAAAUUUACAAUAGGAUUCUAAUAAAAUAAAAACCAAUAACUAAUGUCUAUUGUUUUUAUAAUGAAAGAUAAAACAAAAUAUAUAUUAAAAUAAUACGUAUGUGUAUGUAUACAAAUAUAACAAAAUAAUGAUACAUCUGAUCAAAAUUCAAUUCAGUACAGAAUUGAAAAAACAUCACAAUAUUAUUUAUUAUUAAAAUGUAGUUUAAUAAAAUUUUGAUCCCAAAGUGGGAGAGAGAAAAAAACUGCCGGCAUAAAAAUUAGACGAUUUUAAGGGUCUGCACACAUAUAUCUGAUCGGAAGCGUUAUCAGAAUCGUUUUAGUUACAGUGCGGUCAAACCAACGAAAGGGUGACAUUCUGACAGUUCAUAUCAGUUCCUUAUGUCAAUAGAAUUAGAGUUUAUUUUCAGACCUCGUUUUUACAAAAUCGAAAGUGAAAUAAAGGCCUUAAAUAAGGGUAUUUUUAUCGGUCGCUAAUACCAGUUCGUAGCAUUUCAUUCUCAUGCAUAAUGUACUAAAAACAAAUAUUUGAAUAACGCAUCCGAUGAUAUCGACCGAUAAUAACGUGCUAAGAGGGGGGGAGAGGCCUCAGUGGCUUUUGGAACUGACACGAGCUGUCAGGAUCGCAUUCUAUUCAUCAAAACUACCUUUGAGUCGAGAAGAUUUCUUUUUGGUCGACAUAAUUAUGUGACCCAGUCUUAAAACAUCAUAAAACCGAUUUAGAAUUAAUUUUAUAUAAAACGACUCAAUAAUGUGAUAGUUUUUGAAUGCAAAUCAAUAAUUUUGUUAUUGUUAACCAACACAAAACAUUUUAAUUUUUUAUAGAUGGACAAAAAAAAACUUAAUUAUAUUCGUAAGUGCCUAUAGCAUUUUGUAAAUAUUUUUAUUGAAUAGUUGUACAGUUUUUUUUUACUAUUGAUAUGUGUGUGUUUGUGUGGUGUUUUAUGUUUUUACCAUUUUCUUUUUUGUAAAUAAGUUAAUAAUAUUAUUAAUUAAGGUAAGCAUUAAAUUAUUCCAAUCUUAUUUAUUCCAUCUUGAAUUCGAGGAAAAAUUAUCGUUUUAUUAUAUUUUCCUUUUACAAUCACAUUUUGUGCGUCAAGUGAUAGUUUUAAUUUCAAUCGCAUGUCUCGGAUCAGAGUAGAUUUUUUCUAUAUCGAAGUUCUUUGGGAUAUUUGCUAGAUGGCGCUGAUCAAAUGCCAUACAAUUUCAAGAUAGCGCGUAAAAGCGAUUAAGUUAUCAACUCGCAUUACACCAUAGAGGUUUAACAAUAGAGUAGGGCAGAUAUAGACUCUACUACAAGUGGAAGUGUCCCUCUGAUAGGAAGAGAAAGAAGAUGAGAGACCGCUUGCUUUCUCUCUCAUCGCACAGCGCAUUGGCAACCGUAAGCAUCUUACAAUUUCGAUGUGAUUCCAUAUACUCGUAGAGGUUAGCUUGUUUUGGUUUGUUUGGUACGUCGAAGUGUGAUAUAUUGAGAUUUAUAUUAAAUAAUGACUAUUAUCAGACUUUUGACUUUCCACUGAUACUUGUUUGAAAUCACACGGCUGCGUGCAUGCGUCACAAGAGAGAGAGAUAGC